UCUAAUUCGCUAUAGAUACAGAGAAUAUUCAGCUAAACCUUAUCAGUAAAAACAGGGUUUGAGAACAGGACUUGCAAUAUAUCACUUAGGCCAUAAAUGUCAGCACUAAGACAGAAACAUCUUCUUAACAAGAGAGAGUCCUUUCUUUAACUUUCCUUUGAUCUUCUACCAGGGUAGUUUUACUUUGCUCCCUCGCAUUUUCUCAUCGGUGCUUUCCAGCAGCUGCAAGGUCUCUUGAUAAUCAUGUCCUCGGUUACACAGCCAUUCUCUCGCAAUAUUCUCCAUAUUCUGUAGUGGUAGAUUCUAACAAACAAUAGCACUUUAAGUAGCUGGCUUUUUUCAUGAACAGGUAAGAACUUUGUGUUAGGUACAUUGUAGAUGAAUGGUGAAAAGCCUGAGUGGUUUUGUUGUAUAUUUCUUUGUUGUUGUUGUGUCAAGUUUUUCUUCCCUGAAUUCUAUUAUAAUGAAAUAUGAAAUAUUCACUAUCUAUGAAAUAACUGGUGCUACCUUGGAGUGGACGUGGCUCAUGUGCCUUCUGUUCCUUGAUGUUCAAAUAAAGGUAUUUGCUUUCACGAACAACUGAUAGGGAUGGUUUAAACUGAGGAAAUAACACAAAUAUCUUUGUGGGAAGAGGUAUCUAUUACAAAUGUUUCUAAGCUUUACUGAAUAUUAGAGCUUAUUACAAUACAUUCCUAGGGGCUUUACCCACCUGCCCCUGAAAUUAAUGCAUUGCUUCUCUGGACUUUCCUGGAGCUGAAUCAAGUCCCAAGCAUUCUCCUACAAGACUUUGGUUCUUAGUAUUGUCCUCUAUCUCCUCCCUGCCCUGAAUCAGUUUCAUUGUUUGGUGCAUUUAGCAGCUGCACAUUAUUGCUGGACAAAGGAGGCAUCAGAGCUAAAGUGAAUGCCAGAGGAGGAAAGUUAGGAGCCAAGGAAGACUUUCUUUUUUUGUUUAUUCUGGUUUGAAAUACUUGUUAAAGAACUCAUUAUUCUUUUUGCUCUUCUUGAAAUACAGGAAUAUCAGCUGCAGGUAUACUGAAGUGAAAGACAUUCCAGAGGAGCUAAAUUCAUUAAAGGAAAUGCAACAAGCUUUGGAAGUGGCAUUGGAUCGUGCCGAGUAUAUCAUUGAAAGUGCCCAUCACAGACCUCCCAAAAGAAAAUAUUUAUCCAGUGGAAGAAGAUCUGUGUUUCAAAAACUCUAUGAUUUAUAUACACAAGAACGUGAAAAAGAGCCGGAGAUAAAGAAGCUGAGGAGAAAUGUGAAUUUACUUGAGAAGCUGGUUAUGCAGGAGACGUUGUCAUGUUUGGUAGUGAACCUCUAUCCGGGAAAUGAGGGUUAUUCACUUAUGCUCAGGGGAAAAAAUGGUUCAGAUUCUGAGACCAUUCGUCUGCCUUAUGAGGAAGGAGAGCUGCUUGAAUAUUUGGAUGCAGAGGAACUACCACCUAUUUUGGUUGAUCUUCUGGAAAAAUCUCAGGUUAAUAUUUUUCAUUGUGGAUGUGUCAUAGCAGAAAUACGUCACUAUAGGCAGUCUGGUAACAUGAAAUCUCCAACAUACCAAAGCAAGCACAUUCUUUUGCAUCCUACAAUGCAAACUUUAAUUUGUGAUGUGCAUUCUAUAACAAGUGACAACUACAAAUGGACACAGUUGGACAAACUCCUACUUGAGAGCCAACUUAUUUUGGCUACAGCAGAGCCUUUGUGUCUUGAUCCUUCGAUAGCAGUGAUGUGUACUACAAACAGACUCCUGUACAACAAGCAGAAGAUGAACACUCGCCCCAUGAAACGGUGCUUCAAAAGGUACUCAAGGUCCUCUCUGAACAGACAGCAGGAAGUAGCUCACUACUCAACUCCACCUCAGCUCAGACUACUUGACUACUUACAGAAAAGGAAGGAGAGGAAAGCAGCCCAGCAGUAUGACCUCAAAAUUUCUAAAGCUGGAAACUGCGUAGAUAUGUGGAAACAGAACCCUUGUUACUUGACUGCACCUUCUGAAGUAGACGUGGAAAAAUAUGCCAAAGUGGAAAAGUCUAUCAAGCCUGAUGACUCACAACCAACUGUCUGGCCAGCACAUGAAAUAAAAGAUGAUUAUAUAUUUGAAUGUGAAGUUGGUACUCAGCUUCAAAAAACAAAGCUGACCAUUUUCCAGUCUCUUGGCAAUCCCUUGUACUAUGGUAAAAUUCAGACACUCAAAGGUGAUGAGGAAAAUGACAACCUAUUAACUCCAUCACAGUUCCUUAUUGGUUCGAAGACUGAUGCUGAAAGGGUGGUGAACCAGUAUCAGGAGUUAGUACAAAGUGAAGCCAAAUGUCCUGUGAAAAUAUUUCAUAAUUCAAGUGGAUCAGUCAAUCUAAGUCAUCUUUCUCCAGGGAAGGAAAUGGAACAGCCAGAAAGUAUAUCAGGCUCUGUUCAGUCUUCAGUGCUGGGGAAAGGUGUAAAACACCGACCUCCUCCUAUCAAAUUACCUUCAAGUUCAGGAAGUAGCUCUUCAGGUAAUAUUUUUAGUUCACAACAGUCAAGUGGCCAUCUAAAAUCCCCAACUCCUCCUCCUCCUUCUAAGCCUCCUGGUCUUUCUCGGAAACAAUCUAUGGAUCUUAAUCAAGUUAGCAUGCUCUCUACAGCUGUCAUGUCUCCUGUGAACUCUUCACAAAGGUCUGGAACUCCUAAACCAUCUACUCCUACUCCAACCAACACCCCUUCAUCGACCCCACACCCUCCUGAUGCUCAGAGCUCAACUCCUAUUACCCCUUCUGCCACCCCUCCUCCCCAGGAUUCAGGCUUCACCCCUCAGCCCACUUUGUUAACCCCAUUUGCUCAGCAGCAAAUGUCUCUGAGCCAGGCACUGCCCGUAAUGACCAUUCCUCUUUCCACCAUGGUAACAUCCAUUACAACAGGAACAACCUCCACCCAGGUCAUGGAAAACCCUACAGGACUUAACUUCAUCAAUGUAGUGGGCUCAGUGUGUGGAGCACAGUCACUGAUGAGUGGUUCAAGCCCUAUGCUGGGGUGCAACACUGGUGCCAUAGCCCCUGCAGGUAUAAAUCUGAGUGGCAUUUUACCAUCAGGAGGUCUGGUACCAAGUGCGCUGCCCGCUGCAAUGCAGUCUGCCUCUCAAGCAGGCAGCCCCUUUGGUUUGAAAAAUACAUCAAAUCUUCGGCCCUUAAAUCUUCUACAGAUACCAGGUGGAAAUUUUAUUUUUAACCCACUCCAGCAGCAGCUGUCACAGUUUUCUCCACAGCAACAACCUCAGCAGCCCACAGCCUGUAGUCCUCAGCAACAGGGAGAGCAGGAGUCUGACCAAGGUCCAUCCAAUCAAGAUCAGGCAUUAUCUGCCCAACAAGCUGCUGUAAUUAACCUGACUGGAGUAGGGAAUUUUAUGCAGCCUCAAGCCACAGCAGUUGCGAUUCUUGCAGCAUCAAAUGGCUAUGGCAGCGGCAGCAGCACAAGCAGCUCACCUGCACCAUCAACAGCAUUCAGGCAGCCACUCAAAAAGUAAAGGGACAAGAGGCACACCAGCCCCUCCAAAAUCAUGAGACAUGGCUCCCCCCAAAACCCAAAUUCUUC